AUACCAAACACUAGUUUGAAGGUUAUGUUCUGUUCUAGAUACUAGAUUUAGCUGUCUUCUUUUUUAAAUUAAACUUGGUUCUUGGUAUUCAUUUGUUUUUGAUUCUCAUAAAAUAUUUAUCAAGCUCAAAUGAUUAGGAAACACUCCAUUUUAGCAAGAGUCAACAGCCAUGUUUGAGUUUUCGGUGCGGAACCACACCAGGCAACCGUUUCUGCCGACCGUAUGCGCUGUGUGCGACAAAACGGCCGCCCAGUGCGCACUAAAAUCGUGCGCCGACUGCCGUCUCCUAGUCUACUGCUCACGGGCACACCAGAAGCUAGACCGCCCCCGUCACCGUCGCUUCUGCCAGGCGGUCGGGAAGAUAGCCACAAAGCUGGGCUACUCGCACAUUUUCGAGCGUCCUUUCCAUAGCCCAACCCUUUGGAGGCAGUACCGUACGGGAAUCGUCAACGCUCUCAUCAUAGAACUGCUCCGCGACCUCACCAAUUUCGAGCAUGAAACUCUAAUCUCAGCCAACGUUUGCAGGGUGUGUUUCCGAUACGACAAAUCCAUGAUAACCUGCAACACGUGCAGCUUUGUUUUGUACUGUUGUAGCGAGCACAAACUCCUCGACAUCGAUACCCAUUCAAAACUAUGUGAAAACUUUUCAAAACUAUUGAAAAUACAUUUGAAUGCAUACACUUCAGACCCGAACCGUUUUGUAUGUGAGGGCAGCAUUGCAACAGUCUCACCCCCAGAUUCGUUAGAGAGUUUCAUGACUGAUUUAGUGCGUCUGAAAGUAUACUCAAGUUAUCUAGGUGAAGAUCUGAGUAAAAUUCAUGCAAGUGAUUCCUUUUCAUACCAAUUGACAACAAUACACGCUCUUAAACAGUCUGGAGUUUUGUGUCGGAUUGGUAGCUGUAGAGAUUUGGUGAUCCAUGUUGUUGGAGCACAAGACAUGGAAGCAAGUAAUCUCAACCUAUGGAAGUAUUUAGAUGUAGUUAUUCCAGUUGAUUUUGCUUGUAUUGAUGUAGUUCUCAUAGGACCUUCACUGAAUCUAGAGUUAGCAAGUGUUUAUGGUUAUGAUCGGGAUCCUGCUAGUAGAUUUCAGUUGAAAUUGAUCAAAAGUUUCUAUCACACGUUUUACGAGAAGGAAAACGUGGCAUCUAGACCUCCCGAUCUCAUAAUAUCAUUCAAUUGCGGCUUCCAUGAGUUCGAUGGUUCGCCAGCAAAUGUCGAUACCUGGAAAGCAUCGAUUCCCUAUUUUUGUAAGCAUCCCAAUACGGCUAUUGCGUUCACUUCCUUCACAAAAAGCGAGACACAGAAAGAUUUCGAUUAUUUCCUGAAAUAUUGUGCUUGUGAACAAGUGAAAAUCGUUGAGAAACAUAAGCUUAAUCCGUUCAGAAGUAUGAAGCCCUGUUACGAUGUGGAUGAAAAUCCAGACACCUUUUUCUAUUUCAAUGAAUUCAUUACUAUUCUGAGAACUGAACCAAAUUUAGAAAGUUAGGGAGGUUUGUGUGUUAAGAGCCCUAUAGAUAGUCUUAAGAUUGAUCAGCUCUGUUGGUUCAAAACUUGGAAUGUAACAUCUUGCAUCCGUAAUCCUAGAUCAGGUUAAACUUAGAUGAUGGCCUCAAGGCUCGUAAUGUCAACAAAAUGUAUUUUUCAAUGAUUAAAUAAUAUUUUUCAAUAAUU